UUUCCGCCUCAAAGCAAGCAGCGAGCGAGGGACGCGUGAGAGAAGCUUUCCCUCCGAGUCGCUGUUUGGAGAGCGAGAAAAUACCAGAGGAAAAUGACGGAAAGCGAAGGAACGGACGAGAAAUCUAGCGGAUCGAAGCGGAAGCUUAACCUUGUGGCCUUCACCGGAGCGGCUGGGCUGCUCGGACUCGCCAUCAGUCUCGCCAUCUUCGCUUUCACGUCUCACAGAGGAAAGUCCAAGAAGAAAGGUCUUCCGGGCUGUGCAGUUUGUGUUAACCUGUCGCCGAAGGAGAUUAUCGAGUUAGCUGACGCCAUUGUUGCUGAGUCCACAAGGGUUUAUGAUGCUGUUGCCUCGGUUCCUCUCGAUAGGGUGUCAUAUGAAAAUGUUGUUUUGCCGCUGGCAGAGCUAGAAGCACGACAGUUCCCAUUGAUUCAGUCUUGCAUGUUUCCUAAGAUGUUAGCACCCGAGGACACAGUUCGUAAAACUAGUGCCGAAGUGGAACAGAAAAUCGAUGCUCAUAUUCUGGCAUGGAGAAAGCGUGAAGAUGUUUACCGUGCAAUUAAAGCUUAUGCGGCAAGGGGAGAACUGAUUGCCCCUGAAGCUAAACGCUACCUACAGUGUCUGGUUAAAGACUUCGAGCACAAUGGUCUGGACCUUACUGUGACAAAGAGAGAGGAAGUACUGCGAUUGAGAAAUGAAAUCGAUGAGCUAAGCUUGCAAUACGUCCAGAACUUAAAUGAUGAUAAUUCUUGUCUUUUCUUUAGUGAAGCUGAACUUGAUGGUUUGCCUCCAGAAUUACUCGAGAGUUUGGACAAAACUGGAAAUGGCGAAUUUAAGGUCACUCUGGAAAGUUCUCAUGUUGCAGCUAUUCUUGAGCUGUGCAAGAUAGCAAGGACGAGGAGGGCAGUAGCUAUGGCAUAUGGGAAGAGAUGCGGGGAUGUCAAUAUUGCUGUCCUAAAAAAAUUGGUUCAGUCGCGCCAUAAAUUAGCUCGCUUACUGGGUUAUGCAAACUAUGCAAAUUAUGCCCUUGACCGUAGGAUGGCCAAGACAUCAACAAAGGUGAUUGGAUUCUUAGAGGACAUCUCUUCCAGCUUAACUGAUUUGGCCAUUAGAGAGCUUGAGAUUUUGAAAGACUUAAAGAGGAAAGAGGAAGGCGAAAUUCCAUUUGGCAUGGAAGAUCUUUUAUAUUAUAUAAAGAGGGUAGAAGAGCAGCAGUUUGAUCUUGAUUUUGGAGAUAUCCGACAACAUUUUCCUAUCAGUUUGGUCCUUCCUGGGAUCUUUAAAAUAUCUCAGGACCUUUUUGGUUUAAAGAUUGAGGAGAUUGCAGAAAUUGAUGUAUGGCAUCAAGAUGUUCGAGCUUUUGCUGUCUUUGACUCUGGGUCUGGCAAACUUUUGGGUUAUUUCUACCUUGAUAUGUUCACAAGGGAAGGGAAAUUUAGUCACACCUGUGUGGUUGCUCUGCAGAACAAUGCACUGUUUCACAAUGGCACAAGUCAGAUCCCCGUGUCAUUGCUUAUAGCACAGUUUUCGAAGGAUGUAGGAGGGGAACCUGCCCCAUUGGGUUUCUCUGAGGUGGUUAGUCUUUUUCACGAGUUUGGCCAUGUGGUCCAACAUAUCUGCAAUCGUGCUUCAUUUGCCAGAUUCUCGGGCCUACAUGUGGACCCUGAUUUCGUGGAGAUACCAUCUCAAGUAUUGGAAAAUUGGUGUUAUGAGAGUUUCACGUUGAAGUUAAUGUCGGGUUAUCGACAGGAUAUUACUAAGCCACUUUUGGAUGAAGUUUGCAAAACACUCAAACGGUGGCGAUAUUCUUUCUCUGCGCUUAAGUUGCUGCAAGAGAUAUUUUACUGUCUAUUUGAUCAAAUCAUAUAUUCAGCCGAUGAUGUUAACUUCCUCGAGCUAAUCAGAAGUCUUCAUCCAAAGGUAAUGUUAGGUCUACCAGUGUUGGAAGGAACCAAUCCUGCUUCCUGUUUCCCCCGUGCAGCUAUUGGCUCGGAAGCCACAUGUUACAGCCGUAUUUGGAGCGAGGUUGUUGCUGCCGAUAUAUAUGCUUCAAAAUUCGGCGAUGGUGAUUUGAACCAUUAUAUAGGCAUGCAGUUCAGGAACAAAGUGUUGUCCCCGGGAGGAGCGAAACCCGCGUUGGAAAUUCUAGCCGAUUUUCUCGGGAGAGAACCAUCAACCCGAGCCUUCAUCGAAAGUCGGGUAAAAUACAGUCUGUGAUUUUUUCCAGGUAUAGCAUCAAUCAUCAUCUGCUUGUUUCUCGGCCCUUUUUUCCAAUCUCUGCGGCCGAAACCCUUAUGGAAAACUCCUAGUAUCUGCCGUAUUCCUCAAUCAGUGUAUUUCCUUAUUGUGCUUUCUAUGCGAGAAAUUUUUGCUCAAAGUCCUUGGCUGUUCAUUGUUGCUACCAAGACAGAGAGAGACCUCUUAGGUUAUGUAACCGAAUCGAAUUUGAUAUGUAACCGAAUCGAAUUCGAUAUAAAAUCUGAACCGUUAUGACUUC